UGUCGCAAAGCAUAAGGAAGGCGGGAGUCCCAACUACAAGCAUUGAGCUCUCCCAGGCUGUGGAGGCCGCUAUGGCGUGCGUUCCGUGGGUCGAAAUUCGUGAGAAAUUCCAGGCGGCUCUGACCCUGUCGCGGGUGGAACUGCAUAAAAACCCGGAGAAGGAACCGUACAAGUCGAAAUAUAGCGCCCGAGCACUGUUGGAGGAGGUCAAGGCACUGCUCGGCCCAGCGCCUGAGGACGAGGAUGAGCGGCCUCAGGCCGAAGACGGCUUGGGCGGGGGUGACCACGCCCUGGGGCUGCCCACCGAAGUGGUGGAGGCCGAGGGGCCCGUCGCCCAGCGGGCGGUGAGGCUGGCGGUGAUCGAGUUCCACCUCGGGGUGAACCACAUCGACACCGAGGAGCUGUCGGCGGGGGAGGAGCACCUGGUGAAGUGCCUGAGACUGCUGCGCCGGUACCGGCUCUCGCACGACUGCAUCUCGCUGUACAUCCAGGCACAGAAUAACCUGGGUAUUUUGUGGUCUGAAAGAGAAGAAAUUGAAACUGCACGGGCUUACCUAGAAUCAUCAGAAGCACUAUAUAAUCAAUAUAUGAAAGAGAUUGGGAGUCCUCCUCUUGAUCCUACUGAGCAUUUUCUUCCUGAAGAAGAGAAACUUACUGAACAAGAGAGAUCAAAAAGAUUUGAGAAGGUUUAUACUCAUAACCUAUAUUACCUGGCUCAAGUCUACCAGCAUAUGGAAAUGUUUGAGAAGGCGGCUCAUUAUUGCCACAGCACACUAAAACGCCAGCUUGAGCAUAAUGCCUACCAUCCUAUGGAGUGGGCUAUUAAUGCUGCUACUCUGUCACAAUUUUACAUUAAUAAGCUAUGCUUUAUGGAGGCCAGGCACUGUUUAUCAGCUGCUAAUGUUAUUUUUGGUCAAACUGGAAAGAUCCAAACCACAGAGGACACUCCUGAAACUGAAGGAGAUGUGCCAGAGCUUUACCAUCAAAGAAAAGGGGAAAUAGCAAGGUGCUGGAUCAAAUACUGUUUGACUCUCAUGCAGAAUGCCCAGCUUUCCAUGCAGGACAACAUAGGAGAACUUGAUCUUGACAAACAGUCUGAACUUAGAGCUUUAAGGAUAAAGGAACUAGAUGAGGAAGAAAGCAUUAGGAAAAAAGCUGUGCAGUUUGGAACUGGGGAACUGUGUGAUGCCAUCUCUGCAGUAGAAGAGAAAGUGAGAUAUUUGAGACCUUUAGAUUUUGAAGAAGCCAGGGAACUUUUCUUGUUGGGUCAGCACUAUGUCUUUGAGGCAAAAGAGUUCUUUCAGAUUGAUGGGUAUGUCACUGACCAUAUUGAAGUUGUCCAAGACCACAGUUCUCUGUUCAAGGUGCUUGCGUUCUUUGAAACUGACAUGGAAAGGCGGUGCAAGAUGCAUAAACGCAGAAUAGCCAUGCUAGAGCCCUUAAUUGUAGAUCUGAAUCCACAGUAUUAUCUGUUGGUAAACAGACAGAUUCAGUUUGAAAUUGCACAUGCAUACUAUGAUAUGAUGGAUCUGAAGGUUGCCAUUGCUGACAGGCUAAGGGAUCCUGAUUCACACAUUGUAAAAAAAAUAAAUAAUCUUAAUAAGUCAGCAUUGAAGUACUACCAACUCUUCUUAGACUCCUUGAGAGACCCAAAUAAAGUAUUUCCUGAGCAUAUAGGGGAAGAUGUUCUUCGCCCUGCCAUGUUAGCUAAGUUUCGAGUUGCUCGUCUCUAUGGCAAAAUCAUCACUACAGAUCCCAAGAAAGAGCUAGAAAAUUUGGCAACAUCAUUGGAACAUUACAAAUUUAUUGUUGAUUACUGUGAAAAGCAUCCUGAGGCUGCCCAGGAAAUAGAAGUUGAACUAGAACUUAGUAAAGAAAUGGUUAGUCUUCUCCCAACAAAAAUGGAGAGAUUCAGAACCAAGAUGGCACUGACUUAAUCCUUGUUUUUAAAGAAAGGAAAUGUGCAAUAUUGAAAUGAUUUUUUCCUGUAGUCAAACAGGCCCAAUUUCAUUGUGAUAUUUACAACUCCAGAGCCAGAUGAAUGCAGUUUGAGCAUGAGAUUCAUUCAUAUCAUCUGAGUCUUUGUUAGGACCUUAGGUAACAUAAAGUUAAUUAAUAAUUUAUGCCUAAUUAUGUAAAUUGCAUUGUUAAAGUGACAUGUAAUUUGUAUUUUAGAUUGCCUGUUUCCUAUUCAAGCAUAAACAUUUCCUGCCUCAGUUACUAAAUGUAGAUUCUUUGUUGACUAGUACUUGAUAGAUUUCCUUACAAGGAAGAAUGCUGGGUAAUUACCUGGUAGACAAGUCUGUUACUGCAUUAAGUUUGAAAAAGUAACUUCCUGUAGUAAUUCUUAAUAAAAUAUUUACUUUCCUAAAUUCCCAAAGAAAUCUUUCCCUUUUGGAAAUACUAAAAAUUACGUUACACUGGGCAUGGUGGCAUACAACUGUAAAUCCAGCAACUUGGGAGACUGAGGCUGAAGGAGCUAAAAUUCAAGUCUGGUCUCAGCAACUUAGAUCCUAUCUUAAAAUAAAAAAUAAAAAGGACUGCAGAUGAAGCCCAGUGGUGAAGCACACCUGGGUUCAAUCCCCAGUACAAAAAAAAAAAAAAAAAAAAAAAAAAAACAAGACCAAAACAAAAAUCCCUAAGUUAUGUUGUUAUAAAGUGUUGUAAAAAUGGUUUGUUUGUCUCAAUUACAGGGUGGGGAAAGACCUUGGAAAUAUAAUAAAUGAACUUAUUUCAACUAUUAAAA